AUGCGGGCGGGUGGAUGGGCUCCAUGUGCCUGCUCCAUGCCUCGCUCACCGAGUCGCUACUGGGCGGAUAUUUCUGACACCAUCAUCUCGGGGACAUUCCGGCAAUGGAAGGAGGGGACCACCAGAAGUGAGAUCUACUAUCCAGGGGACACCAUCGUGCACCAGGCAGGAGAGGCCACGUCAGUGCAGUGGAGCGCGGGCACCUGGAUGGUGGAGUACGGCCGGGGCUUCAUCCCCUCCACACUCGCCUUCGCCCUGGCUGACACCCUCUUCAGCACUCAGGACUUUGUCACCCUCUUCUACACCCUGCGUGUCUAUGCGAAGGGCCUGCUCCUGGAAGCAAAUGCCUUCUUCAGCACCUUUGGGUGCUGAGCCAGUCUCACCAGGGCACCCUGCUGAGCCCAGUUGGCUCCUUUCCUCCCAGCUGUUUUCUCUUCCUCCCUGAGCCCAGGUUCUAGCAGAGGCAGCAGGAGAUCCCCUGUGCCUUCCCCGGAUUGUUCUGUCCUUUCCCCACAGGCCAACAGGGUGCCAGGACAGAGGGACCUCGGCAGUCACAGCAACACAGAACGUCAGUUCUCUUUACUAGCUGCCUGUCCCUCCUUUCUAUUGGAGUCACGUCCUGCUUUUCCAUCCCUCAGGGCUGGAGUGGCCUUGCAGUGUACAAACGCCCCUAUGUGCCCUCAGCACAGAGAAGCUGGAGCUGGGUAUCCCCAGGCCCCGAAAGAUCUCCUGAGGCAUUGGGGAUGAUGCUGCCCUCGGGGCAGGGUGCACAGGGUAGACCAGACCAGAGCACCCCUUGCAGAGGUCGGCCGCUCAGUCCCCCGUGUCUCUGGCAGCCUGCCGGGACUGCGGGCAGCGCAGAGUGCUGUGUCCAGCUGGCAGCAUCUCCUGUGGCUCCAUCCCUGCUGAUGUGGGUUGGCAGCACACAGUGUCACCCUGGCACGGGGCAGGAUCAGUGCUGAAAUCCUCUGGUAGUGUGGGGAUGCCUGGGUUCUGUGCUGGAGAGUCCCCUGCUCCCCUGUGUGUCAUCUGCCUUUGGGGAUGGCUGGGGCUAGAAGAGGGUCACUUCCCCAAAGUCCUCUCCCGGCAGUGCCCCCCAAGGGGGAAACCCACCGUCUGUCGCCUUAAUGGAGACCCCGUUCUGCGUGGCCUCUUGGCUAUGCACCUCCCUAGUGUCCUCGAGUGCCCAAACGUCUGUACUAGCUCAGGAUGGGAUCUCGCCCCUCAAAACACUUAUCCCCCCUGGGGACAGCCACUCUUCUCGGCUCCCGGCAUGGGAUCCCGGCUGCCAAGAGAGUGCUGUAAUCCUCCAGCCAAACCCAGUUGUGCACCCUGCUUUCACCCCUGAGGUGAGACCCGUGUGAGCUCACUGCUUGGUGGACUUUCACCUCCGUUCUGCUGCCAAACACAUAAGUAUGUCCCUGGCCACCCAGGCCUGUAGCAUGUUGAUCUUCCUGCUCUCAGACUGUCCCUGUUCUGCUGACCAGCAGCCCUGCACAUGGGCUAGUUCUUAAUUUGCUACCUGAAAAGAGAUACCAGUAAUAAAGUUGUUCAUCCCACA